AUCUAGGUCUGUUUGAUAGUGCCCUAUAGUAGAGACAUCAAGGUCUUCUAACUAGACCCGCCACGACAAUAUAGCAAAGAUGUAUAUAAAAGAAUGUGUUAUACUUUGUGUUAUUGUCGCGGUCUCCUUGGUACACGCUGAAUGUGAACACGGAUGGGUGGAAUUCAAGGAAAAUUGCAUCCAUGUCAAUGCGCAGAGGACCAACUGGAAUUCAGCCGAGAUAGAGUGCAAGAAGCUACAUGGGUGGCUGGCGUCUGAUGACACCCAGGAUAAACACGACUUCCUCUAUAUCAUCGCCAAUGUCCUGAAAACCAUCAACAUUUUCCCGUUUUUCAUUGGUGGAACCGACUUCAUCUUCGAAGGCCAGUACCGAUGGGCAGAGACUGGUCAGUAUGCUGGGCCCUUUACUAAGUGGGAUACGGGCUUCCCGAAUGGAAACUGGUCCAAAAACUGUCUCAUGCUAAACUGGGACGGAGAUGAUCUUGUCUGGCAAGACGAAAGAUGCAGCGCCGGUCAUUACUUUAUAUGUGAAAAAAUGAGCAACGUGUCUCAGCCUAUUGUUGGUAAAUGAGGCGAAAACCAUAUAAACACAUUCAUAUACCAAUAAACUCAUUGCGUCGU